AUGGAAGGUGGUUCUAGUAGAAGUAGCUCAUCUCCAUGUUCGACGGCAUUUGGAGUGGACAACAUCAGCAGUAGUGGGAAUGGGCUAUGCCCCAUUCCCAUGAUGACGAUGAUGCCUCUCAUGACUUCUUCUGAUGCAGAUCACAUCAACGCUCCUCUCUAUUUUCCUGCUCUCCAUCCCAACAACAAUAAUUCUCCUAAUAUUGAUCAACCUCAAAACCAUCCUAACUCAGCUACAGCUGCAACUCCCACUGCUGCCACAGCAACUACUGGGGCCUCUCACCAUCUGAUCCCUCACGAUCACAGCGACAACCGCCAGCAGACAGCGUGUUAUUUCAUGGAGAACAACGACGGCCGCAGCAGCAGCAGCGGCGGAAGCUCUAGUUCCGCCAUCAAGACUAAGAUCAUGUCUCAUCCUCACUACCACCGUCUCCUUGCUGCCUAUGUCAAUUGCCACAAGGUGGGGGCGCCAGCGGAAGUGGUGGCGAGACUGGAGGAGGCGUGCGCUGCGCAGGCGGCGGCGAUGGGGUGCUCGGCGCCCGGUGCAGGGAGCAGUUUUGGGGAAGAUCCGGCGCUGGAUCAGUUCAUGGAGGCCUACUGCGAGAUGCUGACCAAGUACGAGCAAGAGCUCAGCAAACCAUUUAAGGAAGCCAUGCUUUUCCUCUCCAGGAUCGAGUGCCAAUUCAAAGCUCUUUCGCUUUCUUCUUCAGAUAAUUCUGUUUCCGGUGAGGCAGUUGAUAACCAUGGAUCAUCUGAAGAAGAGGUUGAUGUGAAGAAUGAUCCCAUAGAUCCUCAAGCAGAAGACAAGGAACUGAAGGUCCAGCUUCUGCGCAAGUACAGUGGUUAUUUGGGCAGUCUCAAGCAAGAAUUCAUGAAGAAGAGGAAAAAAGGAAAGCUGCCCAAGGAAGCAAGGCAACAAUUACUUGAUUGGUGGAGCAGACAUUACAAAUGGCCUUAUCCAUCGGAGUCCCAGAAGUUGGCUCUCGCAGAAUCAACGGGGUUGGAUCAGAAGCAGAUAAACAACUGGUUCAUUAAUCAGAGGAAGCGACACUGGAAGCCUUCAGAGGACAUGCAGUUCGUGGUUAUGGAUGCUGCUCAUCACCCCCACUAUUUCAUGGAUAACGUUCUCAGCAAUCCAUUUCCCAUGGACAUUUCUCCCUUCCCCAUGGAUAUUUCUCCUUCACUCUGACUACCAUAUAUAUAUAUAUAUAUAUAUAUAUAUAUGCUGGCUGAUGAUCUAAUUGGUACGCGUGUGUAUAAAUAUAUAGUAGUUGUAGAAUUAUUCCAACUUGCUUAAUGUGCGUUAAUUUUGAUUGAAGUAAUGGCCCAUGCUAUGAUGGAUAGAUGUAGGAGC